AUGUGCCAUACUGAGCUGGUUCAUGUUCACCUUGCGAUGAAAAGCGUGAAUGGCAACUAUUUUAGCAAAGUUAAUCAUCAUCUUUCAGGAUACAUACUAGCGGACGCUGGCUAUGAUGUGUGGCUGACUAAUGCAAGAGGAAACAAGUGGUCCCGCAGACAUGUUAGCCUCAAUCCUGAAAAGUCGGCAUUUUGGGAUUUCAGUUGGCACGAAAUGGGCGUAUACGACUUGCCAGCAGUCAUCGACCACAUUUUGGCCGUAACGGGUCAAGAGCAGCUGCACUACAUCGGCCACUCCAUGGGCACCACCAUGUUCUACGUGAUGGGCGCGAUGCGGCCCGAGUACAACGCCAAGAUCCUCAGCGCACACACGCUGGCGCCGGUGGCCUACAUGGGCAACACGCAGACGCCCCUCCUCAAGGAAAUCGCCGCGGGGGCCGACGGACUGGGGGUGCUACUGAAGCUCCUGGGCGUGAACGAGUUCCUGCCCCACGCGGACGUCUAUGGUGUCAUGGGCGACAGAUUAUGCAGCGACACCGCACCCACACAAUCUGUCUGCUCCAACGCCCUGUUCCUAAUCUGCGGCUUCGAUUCGGAGGAACUCAACACGACUAUGCUGCCGUUAAUUAUGUCACACGACCCCUCUGGAUCAUCGGUGAAGAACUUGCUGCACUACGCUCAAAACAUUAAGUCAGGAAAAUUCCAACUGUAUGACUACGGACCAGUCAAAAAUUUGGCGAAAUAUGGUUCUUUGAAAGCUCCCUCCUAUGAUCUCAGCAAACUCACUGCUCCAGUUGCUUUGCAUUAUGCAGAUAACGACAUAAUGGCAGUACCUAAGGACGUGCAAAAACUACAAAGAGAACUCCCAAAUAUGAUUGGGAAGUUCAGAGUAUCAUUCUCAAAGUUCAAUCAUUUGGAUUUCCUGUUCGCAAUCCAUGCUAAGGAAUAUGUUUAUGAUCUCGUUAUAAGACUGAUGGACCGAUAUUAA